AUGUCCAACCCCUUCCUGAAGCAGGUCUUCAACAAGGACAAGACCUUCCGCCCCAAGCGCAAGUUUGAGCCCGGCACCCAGCGGUUCGAGCUGCACAAGAAGGCACAGGCCUCGCUGAACGCGGGGCUGGACCUGAAGCUGGCCGUGCAGCUGCCCAGCGGUGAAGAGCUCAACGACUGGGUGGCAGUGCACGUGGUGGACUUCUUCAAUCGCGUCAACCUCAUCUACGGCACCAUCAGCGAUGGCUGCACGGAGCAGUCGUGCCCCAUCAUGUCGGGGGGCCCCAAAUACGAGUACCGCUGGCAGGACGAGCACAAGUUCCGCAAGCCCACAGCGCUGUCGGCCCCACGGUACAUGGACCUGCUCAUGGACUGGAUCGAGGUGCAGAUCAACAACGAGGACAUCUUUCCCACCAACGUUGGCACGCCGUUCCCCAAGAACUUCUUGCAGGUGGUGAAGAAGAUACUGUCCAGGCUCUUCCGCGUGUUCGUGCACGUCUACAUCCACCACUUCGACCGCAUCGCGCAGAUGGGCUCCGAGGCGCACGUCAACACCUGCUACAAGCACUUCUACUACUUCGUCAAGGAGUUCGGGCUCAUAGACACCAAGGAGCUGGAGCCACUGAAAGAAAUGACCGCACGGAUGUGCCACUGAGAGCCCCUGGGCCCCGCUGUCACCGACGCAGUGCCAGGGACACUCGGCUUGAGGGCCACCUUCCCGGAACAUGCACUGUUUCCGCCCUGGCAGCUCGGUGACCCCCACAGUUGUCAGGUGGUGACCUCUGUGCCCCCAAUGCUGCACUGGACGCCGGGGUCAAGUCCCCUCUCUGAUUCUGAGAUGACAGCAGCUGUGGGUCCAUGCACCACGGGCCCAGCCUCCCAGAGCCCCACGGGGGGAGCUUGAACUUGAACUCUGUGAUUCUGUAUGCUGUGAGCAACUGGGAAAAUCCACUUUAUCUCUAAAGCACUUGGAUCUGCCUGGAGGCUGGAACUCUGCUUGCCCUUCGCAGGCCUUUCCCGUAAUGCCCCUAGUAUGCUCGGCCAGGAGAGGACAGACUGCGCAGGCUCAGUCAGCAAACAGGAACCCGCCUCUGCUGGGCUUCAAGCCUCAGUUCCCUCGCAUGCCUGCUGAGCCCCAUGUCCGUGUCAUGAGCGGUACGACGCGGCCCUGGCUCUCUCCCCUCCUCCGCUCCUCAGUCCCCUGUUCCUCCAGGGCCCCCAGAACAUUUGGCUCAUCCGUCAGGGUUUCCUGGGGCCCUUUCACAUGUCAUAAAAGAUCAAGCUUCUGUUUAUUUUUAUAUUUUUGUUAAUACUCACCCGAGGAUAUUUUUCCCAUUGAUUUUUUUAGAGAGAGUGAAAGGGAGGGAGGGGGAGAGACAGAGAGAAACAUCAACGUGAGAGAGACACAUCGAUUGGUUGCCUCCCGCACACACCCCUAACAGGGCUGGGGAUCAAACCUACAACUCUUGGGUCCGUGGGUCAACACUCUAACCAUUGAGCAACUCCAGCUGGGGCAAAGAUUGAGGUUUUUAUACAGUCGCACUGACAACCACCUUGAGGUAGAUAUUAAGGGAAAGCGGCUUUUUAUCUAUAAACAGUGAGCUCCCCUCCCGUCUAGACAAAUAUCCCUCCAUUGUGAGUAGCCCAGUGACCCUUCCCCAGAACCUGUCCUGGAUUUGGGGUCUGAACUUGGCCUUUCUUCGGGUGCCCGCCCACUUUAUAUGAAGCCCUUGGUGUGGCCAGGCGACCAGCGUCCCAGCACUGUCUCCCCAAAGAACACUGGGGCAUACGGCCAGGCAUGGAAGUGACCUCAGGAAGUCACGUGCUGCCUCAGUGCCAGGCUCCCUGCAUCUCAGUCCUGCCCUCAGGGCACAACAGUGGCCUUUCCCAUGGCAGCCCUUCCCACCCAACCACACCCACCUCUGAGGUCCUCUAGGCGUCUGGGGCAUCCACAGAAGAGGGGCCCCGUCUCCCAAUGCCAUACAAGUGCAAUUAACACAACCUCAGCCUGGUCCUGGAUACCACCGGGUCGAGCUCUCGGAUCCUUGGGGACACGGGCCUUGAAGGAAAACCAUCCAGUCGAAUGUAGCUCUUUUUAAAUACAAAACCACAACCAAACACCAGAACCACUGUGUCCCCUCCCAGGUCUCCGCCAGCUUCCCCCUCGGCCCCGGCCAGGCCGGGGAGGCAGCGGGGCCUGCGGGGCAGGGAGGGCCCUCCCCCCUCUGUGCCUGCGGGUCUUCCACCACGAACUUCAGAAUAAACUGUCUUUUUAUACCCGA